CAUAGUACAGUCAUAACAACAUGUCGUUCCGACACUUGGCAGUGAUAUGUUCACUUUUAAUAUGUGUAUCUGCAAAAUCUUUCACGUUGGUGGUAGAUACGACAUAUUCUAUGCAAGAUGAAAUUAGUAUGAUAAGGACAAGGAUUAAGGCGCUGGUAGAAUCGAUUGGAAAUUCGAGCUCCAUCGAAAAUUACGUCAUUGUACCUUUUAACGAUCCGGACGUUGGCCCUGCACAAAUAUUUAGUUCAGGCGAUUUAUUCUUCAAAUCCAUAGAUUCGUUAACUGUUUCCGGUGGCCAUGAUAUUCCGGAAAAUUCUCUAUCUGGCUUACAAAAGGCUUUAGAGGAAAGCAGGCCUGAGUCGGACAUCUUCUUGUUCACUGAUGCUUGUGCGAAAGAUGAGGCCAAAUUUGGUCAUAUUGAAAGAUUAUGUCGUGUAACACGGAGCAAGGUCAUCGUUUUUAUGAGUGGCACUUGUCCGUUUUCCGAAAGACACAGGGUAGGGAACCUAGAAACGUACAAUCAAGUAACGAAAGUAUGUUUCGGAAACGUCUUCCAGUUGGACCUAAACAAUUAUGGACAAGCUUUCCAAUUUAUGAAAGAAAUCGUAAGAGACGGAUAUAACGAUGUAAAAACGUUCGAGUCAGUUACUGACUACCGACCGCUGUCGUUUCAUGUGGACAGCUUAACUAGAGAUGUGAUCGUCUCCGUCUCCGGAAAAUUGCCUUCUCUGCAGCUCUUUGAAGAGAGUGGACACAGCCCUCGAACUGAGAUGCUGAUUAAUACUGAACAACUGCAGGUUGUCAGAAUUGUAGGGCCUCACCGAGGUCUGUAUCAAGCCUCGGUAUGGUGUCAGGGACGCAUAUCUGUCACCAUUUAUAAGAGAUCGGAAUGUCCCUUGGCUAUUGGGUUCUCACCCUUGUACCCAAGAAGUAUCGAGGAAACAGCAACAUCACCACUACCAGGUCAAGAAAGUUUCAUUUUCGUCCUUGUACCAAUGUCAUAUGAGUACAAGCUAGGUAGUUUAACAAUUCAUAUGUUAAACAAAGAUAGCCAGAGAACCGUAAAUUUAAUGGAAAGUGAAGUAAGCGCCCGAGUCUACAUCAGCAAGGCCUAUUUCGAGCCUGGAUGUAUAUUUAGAAUGACUGUAAGUGGAAUCGACAAAAUUUCUUCAGAACCAGUGCGGAUUAUCAGCAAAACAUUGGAAUCGCAAAAAGAAGUGACAAGAGCAUCUUGGUCCGCGGCCGUCAUUGAUUCUAUAAUUCCGGAGACCUCUUUAACGGACUAUAAGAAAAAUGCAACAGUUGCGUGCAAGGUAACAGGAUAUCCUCAUCCAACAAUCUGGUGGGAAGACAAAGUUGGACAGAAGAUGAAAGCUGAGGAUAGUCUGCUGCAGUAUCCAGCAACAUACAUAAGUUAUGUUUCAGUGCCUAAUAUAAAGGAUAAUCAAACAUUAACAUGCAAAGCUAGUACUGAUACUGGGAGUGAUUCUAAAAGUACAGAUCUUUAUGUAUACAGACCAUAUGUUUUCCAAAUGAUCAAAACGCCUAAAGACAUAACUAUAGAAUAUGAGGCAGAAGGAAAACUGUACUGCGAGGUAAAUGCUUAUCCGGAAGCAGUAAUAAAGUGGUAUCACAAUGACAAGACUGUAGUAUUUACUACAAAUGAAGCUGGAGAUGAUGAUUCUACUUUUAAUCGUUAUGAUGAAGUAGAAUAUUUUCAAGAGGAUAAUGCACUGGUUAUUAGAAACAUGACUUCAAAAUAUGUUGGUACAUAUACAUGUGAUGUAAGAAACGGUGCAAAUGCUGUAUCAUAUCCCGUCGAAGUCAGAAUAUCUGGACUUGAAACGCCUGUAUUAGAAAGGUCGGAAACAGAAUUGACUACACAUCUUGGCGACGAAGUUGAAAUAGUUUGCAGGAUAGCAAAAGGAAGGCCUUACCCAACAAUAACUUGGAAAUUUAAACCCGUAGACGGCUAUGAUUUUACUGAUUUACCUAAAGGGGUUGAAAUUGAAGAAGGAAAAGUGAUCAUAGUUGAAGCCAAGUCUGAACAUAAUGGAUAUUAUAAAUGCGAAGCCGUCAAUGAGCAAGGGCAAGAUUCUCAGGAAAUAAAAUUGAAAGUUAUUUAUGCCCCUAAAAUCGAAAACGCAGAAACAGCUAUACAAAAUGUGCUGCUGGACAAAAUGGUCACACUCGAGUGUUCCGUGGAUGCAGAGCCGAAAGCCACAGUGAGGUGGGAACGCGCUGACGGCACAUACUUGCCUGAUGAGACGCAUACUGUUGAAGGGAAUAGCCUUAAGUUUGAAGCUCGUUACAACGACUCGGGCUCUUAUCGAUGUAUUGCAGAAAACGAGGCUGGCAUUGCCGAGAAAAACGUUACCGUUAAUGUUCUUGUUCGUCCAUACAUCACUCCAGUGGUAAAGACCGUCAACGUAAGGACGGGUAACCCCGUAACGCUGACCUGUCGAGUGCAAGAAGCGAAUCCACCUCCCACCUUCACUUGGAAGUUCAUAGGGCCGGAUAACCAGAUGAUUAUACUAGAUCUUAGUAAGGCCGACGAUCUUACCCGUAGUAGAAACGAAUCCAUAUUUUUGUCGGAGUACGUUAUAAGCAGAGCAUCGAGAGCGGAAUCCGGGAAGUACUUUUGCUACGUCGAUAAUAGCGUGGGUUGGGACGUCGUUGAAAUAAUUGUCAAUGUAAAAUAACCUAUACAGAUAUGAUGAUUACACAUUUAAUGUCAAUCGUUUUAUGCGUAAUUUUCAGCACACUUAUAAAUAUAUUUUUUGAAAGUAAUGAUCACGACGACAUGCUAUAAAAGCAGUAAAUCUUAGGUCCUCUUUAGAAUUAAGACAUAAAUAAAAUACAUUGUAAUAAUUAUGAAUGUUUUUAUUAUUUAACACACAUUUUAAAAUAAAAAUGUGCUAAAAUUAUCAUACAUUACAAUUAACGUAAGGAACAUACUUAUCAGCGUAUUAUAAUUUUAUUUACAAUAAGUAAUAAAAUAAAAAGCCUUUGAAUUCCUUAAAAAAAAUUAAAAGUAAGUACCUACAUAGUUUAGUAUGCAUUAUAUUGGUUAUUUUCACAACAAAUAAAUAUAUCUUGAGUCAUUUUUCAAUAAUGUAUGUAAAUUCCUAGGGUGAUUAUUUAAGGACCCCUCUUCGGGUGAACGCCCCCUCCAGUUGUCUCCAUUUGUCUAAAUUAAGUUUAAGUACUUUCUUUUUAUGUGCAUAAUUGCCAAAUUUCAUAUGGUGGUGUAAGUGAUAAUUGUAACUUAGUCAACAACAACGGAAAAAAAAUACCAAAAUAAUAAAGCAGUAAUUAAUUAGCAGCGGAGACGUCCGGGUGUUGGUGUGCCGAAUCCAAAAU